UAACUCUGGCCGUUACAAAUAUUUCCUCUCAUUACUGACAGCAUAAUAAAACAAAUAUCAACUUAUGUGAACACUCAGUUGAUAAUAUUUAUUAAGUGAGUAGUGAUGGCAACACUGUUCACGCCUAGAAAGACCGUUAAAAAACGGACUUAGUAAUUUGUUGAUAAGUUUAUUCUUUUAUCUUUUGUUGUUCGUGAUCUAAUAAAUAACAAAUUUUACUUAUUUUAUGAAUUUUGUUCUUAUAAAAUAAAUAAAAAAUGGACGAAUUUACCCAGCGAAUGAUGUCUAGAACUAAAGCUAGACAAAACCUUUUAAACUCUGUAGCAUCGAAAAGUCAAGAUUUUGAGCAAUGUAAGGAUACAGAAAAAAUGAUUGAUAUUGAAAAAUCAACCCAAAAUUCUACAAUCAAGUCAUGUCUAAAACACCAAGAUGAUAAUUCCAUUUCUGUAUUAUCUAAAGAAGAUGCUACCAAUUAUAUUUCUCCACCAAUAUCAAGGAAAGAUUUACUAAGUGACCGUACCAAACAUUAUUUAAAUCGUUUAGGAGUACUUCAUUCUGAUUCUGACCAAAUUAACUUAUCUUCACCUGUGCAUGCUGUGCAUGAUAUUAUAUUAGAUGAUGGCACUGUUAGCAAAACUAAAGUCCUUGAUGACAAUGAGAGUUCAGAACAAAAUAUAUUAAAGCAAACUGGUUGUAAAUUAAGUAAACUUUCACAGUUGGUCAGUAAAGUCAAUGAAUGGCAAGAAAAUGAUGGUCAAACAUUUCAUAUUAACUCUAAUAUUAAAAAAGAUGUUGCACAAGAAAAAAAACAGCCAACUAUGAAAUUUGUCAAUACAUGUUUAUCUUCAUCUCCUAAUAAAGAUAAAAAAAUCACCACACAAAAUGACUUGAGUAAAGUAAAAGUAAAAAAUUCUGUAACAUUUGCUCCAAUACCUUCCUUAGAUAAAGAAAAAAAAACAACUUUGUGUUCACCCAAAAAAAUAACAAUGCCUACUAUACAUUCUACUGCUCUCAGCAACACUGAAAGUUUAAAAUCUACUUUAAGUCCCAAAAAAGUUGAUUCUCCUUGGCAACUAUCUGUAGCUCAAAGAAAAGCUCUAUUUGAAAAGCAAAUCUCUAAUGGAGGGUUGGCUGUACCAGCUCCAUUCACUUCAACUCAAAACUCUUCUAAUGUAAAUCCAUCCAAUGUUAAAACAAAAGAAACAGACAAUAACACUAAAUUGUUUGAUGAUAAACCACAAGUAAAGAAUGUAAUAUUCAAAUGCAAUAAUACUGGCAAUGCUAAACUAGAUAGCAAUACCAAUCAACUUACAAAGACAGAAUUUACUUGUACUGGUCAUGAGCAAAUUUAUUCAAAAAUUCAGGAAAAGUCAAAAAGUACAAUUGAAUGCCCAGAAACUACUGUCCCUACGACAAUGACAUCAGCACUUAUCAAAAAUAGUAGUACAAGUUCAUUAUUAAAUGAUAUUAAGAUUAUCAGAGCUACACCUCCAAAACCUGGAUGUUUAUAUCCAAAUAUAUCUUUUGACUCUGAUCAUGAAUGUGAUGUGGAUGACCAAAUAGAAGAAUCUAUGGAUACUAAUGAAAAGGAAAAUUAUUAUACCAAUGAUAUAUCUCCUAUUAUAUCAAAUAAAGAAAAAAGCAAUAGACCACAAAAGAGACACAUCAAUUCUGUUUUAAAUAAGACACUGGAAAGUUCUACUUCAAGUUUAAUAUCAUUCAAUGAAAUUGAACAAAAUCAAUGUAUAAAUGGUGUUACAGACAUAAAACGUUCUAAAAAUUAUGAUACAUUGCAUGAACAAUUAAAUAAUUCUUCAAAUGUAGGACUAGAAGUUGAUUCACCUUUUAGCGGUCCUCUUUCUACAGCAAAUAAUAGUUUAUUGGGUAGUCCACUUCAGUCUUCCAGUUUUACUUAUGUAGAUCAUGCCAAAAGUCAAGAAAAUAAUAAUUCUGCAGUUUUUACACCUUUGGUUCAUACUGUGAGCACAUAUAGAAAACAACAAUAUCAGCAAUUAAAGCCAUUAGCUCCUAUAAUUAAACGAACAGCUGCUAUAAAAGAAAAUUUUCAAGAGUCUGAUGAAGAAAUAGUUAAAGAUUCUGAUAAUGAAGAUGAGUUAGACCGUGUAAUUGAGAGAGUUCAUGAAUUAGAAGCACAAAUACCAGUUCAAGAGUCUAUUAUAUCACAAGCUACCCAAGCCCUUAAUCUCUGUCAGGCCACAACUGAAUUUGCAGGAUCUGCUGAACAAGUACAAGCAGAGCGUCUUUUAUUAAUUGCUGGUCUUAAACGAAAUGCUUGCCUUAUGGAAGUUCAACGUUUGCGAGUUGAAAAAACUCUUUAUCCUAGAAGUCAUGAAACUAAGUCCUAUUUUUUAAAAUCAUCUAUUACCACAUCUCUUAUAAUCAAAGAAUUAGCUGUACCAGUACGUUGGGAUUAUAUUCGUAAUAUAUCAAUUAGAGAAGACAAAAGAUAUCAUUUUGUAUGUGUUGCACAAUGUACUGGAAUUUUAACUGCCACUGCUCAAGUUGUAGCUACACAAAGUGUAGAAGCGUCUUAUACUGGUAAUGGUAAUCGUAGUAGCAGUAAAUCAAAUGCACCAGGCAUACCUGUUGGUUACAUUGAAUUCCCUGGAGAAUUGCGAGUAGAUUUAGGAAAUAUAGAUGAAAAUGAAGUUAAUCAAGAUUUUAAGUGUACUGUUGAAGUAUAUGGUUUGGUAGUUGAUCAAAGUAAACUUAGUGGUUCUGAUAAAUUUGGAGCUUCUUCAUCAUCUCAUUCAAAUACACGGAGUGAUAGUAAAUUUUGGUUUACUCCUACUAAAAACAGUAAGAAGAAAUGUUCUGCUUUUCAUGGUGGAAGUAUUGAGUCCCCUGGUGGACCAACAGCUGUGCGAUCAACAUCCUUUCAACUAUUGGGGUAUUUUGUAUUUUCAAAACGUGAAUUACAUCGAACUCAAUUUACACUUAGCAAAGUUUUAUACAAUGGACCAUUAUCAGAGGGUGUAGUACAAGUUAAAUUAGAACUUGAUGACAAUGAAAACUUCAAUGAAGAAAGUUUAUCAGAAGGUUUAUCAUAUGAAGGUUUCUUAACUAUGUUUAACGAUGUAAGUGGUUUUGGCGCAUGGCAUCGUCGUUGGUUUAGGUUACGAAAUGGAAUGUUGUCAUUUUGGAAGUACCCUGAACAUGCUGAAGAUGAUUCUAAAAUACCUUUAGAUACAAUAGAUUUAAAUCAGUGCAUUACGCAAGAAGUUGGUCCAUGUAGUGUAGAAUUAUGUGCUAGACCAAAUACCCUGUUAUUUGAGUGUACAAGACCAUAUAAUAAAAAUGAUGGUAUGUGUGAUUCAUUAAUAACUCGAACAGAUCCCCGAACUGGAUUAACUACUAUAAGACACCUUUUAUCAGCUGACACUAAACAAGAACGUCAAGAAUGGUGUGAUAAAUUGAAUUCAACCUUAUCUGUAAUGAGACGACGACAUCAACAGAGACGCAAAAAAAACAAAAAUCAAAACAAUAAAUAGACUUAUUAAAUAUUAGUUAUCUUAUAUAGACACAAGAUUAUAUGAUCUUUUAGAUUUUAUACAUUCAAUAUUUUAAUUUUAAACUGAAAUAAUAUAUUUAUUUUUUCCUCUAAGUUAACUGUAAGUAUUUUUUAUGUUUAUAUCUAUGAUUUUUGAAUAGUACUAUUAUGUUAAGCCAAUCUUAACUAUUGUUGAUGAAUUAUUUUAUAACUUUUUAAUAGUAUUAUAUUUAAAUUUAUAUG